CUAUGGAGUUGCUGCGGUCAGGUUCAUAUGUUUAUAUUUCAUCUAUCUGGCCCGCAGAUUUAUAGGGAGACAGGUCUAAUCUCCUAAAGAGAUCAAGACGCGGCAACUAUUCUCUCCCUACCAAUUAGGCUGCCGCGGCCCCUCGUUCUUAGGUAGAGCACUGAAGUAAGGAACGUCUCACGCCCAUCGAAUACCUCAAGAGAGUCGACGAUGGCCUCAAGGAGAUCAGCUCGUUUGAGCGCAGCUUUACCAGUAAUCAAGGAAGGUAUCCUAAAUGGAUCAUAUGCGCCCGAGCUUGCGAAUACCAACCGGAAACGAAAGAAUAUCACCACGGAAGAGGAAGAGCCCCAAUCAAAUGGGAAGGAUGCAGGUCCAUCUACCCCCAAGAGAAAACGAGCAGCAAAAUCGACAAUCCCCCCAGUUACGCCCACUCCAGCCGCUGUGGGGUUGAUGUCUGAGCCCUGCAGCUCUCCAGGUGUCAAAGAUGGCACUCCUCCCCCAGCAGUCAACCGACUAGCGGUCCCUGAUGGCACAAAUGCGCCAUUGAUAUCCCCCGAGACUCGUCGUGUAGUGACGAAUAAAGCCUUGGACCAAGUUUCGCCAUCGAAGGUACCCAAGUUCAAGACUACUACAGGAAACAUUCUUGAUGAAGCUCUGGCACAUCUCAUCAAAGUAGAGCCUAAGUUGAAGCCCAUAAUUGACCGACAUCCUUGCCGUGUCUUUUCUCCAGAGGGACUGGCCGAGGAGAUUGAUCCUUUCAAUAGCUUAGUGAGCGGGAUAAUAUCUCAGCAGGUCUCAGGAGCAGCUGCAAAGUCCAUCAAAGCGAAAUUCGUGGCGCUCUUCAAUCCAGACAUCGAAGAUCCAAGCCUUCACGUCUUCCCCACCCCAUCGCAAGUCUGUGACAGCUCGAUCGAAGUGCUCCGGACAGCUGGGCUCUCGCAGCGGAAGGCCGAGUACGUGCUCGGAUUAGCUGAAAAGUUCCACAGCGGCGAGCUAAGCACAUCGAUGCUCUUCUCAGCCUCGUACGACGAAGUGCUAGACCAACUGAUCAAAGUGCGAGGCUUGGGAAAAUGGAGCGUGGAGAUGUUCGCCUGCUUCGGCUUAAAGCGGAUGGAUAUCUUCUCGACUGGAGAUCUAGGCGUCCAGCGCGGAAUGGCCGCCUUGAUGGGCCGCGACGUCAAUAAGCUGAAGAAUGGGAAGGGUGGUAAGUGGAAAUACAUGAGCGAGAAGGAGAUGCAACAGAUUGCGGAUAAAUUCAAACCGUAUAGAAGCGUAUUCAUGUGGUAUAUGUGGAGGGUAGAGGAUGUGGAUAUAAGUACUUUCGAUAACUGACAGUGUCCGGUAGGGGAUAGGGGGAAAUAGACUCGUAAUGUAUACUAGAGAAAUGGAAGGGCACUUUGCAAAAGUCCGUCAUUGGACGUGAUGGAUGGACUUGAUUAGGAGCGUUUAUUUUAAAAGCUGUAGCACCAGCU